GAGAAUCUAUUGACACCCUGAACCUGAAAGGCGAUACCGCGUGUUCGCACGUCUAUCUUCGCUGAUCUUUCAACCUUCUUUCUUUCUUUCUUCGUGGAAGAUGGCCGUGAGUCAAUCGUACGGGUAGAUCAAUUACGCAUUUGAAUAUGGUGCCUUAAAUACCAUGAAUUCGGUCCAUGACCUGGGCCAAUCAAUGUUUGAGUUACCCUGUGUUUGCACAAAAAACCGCUCAAAACAUUCCGGCGCUCAUUCCAUUCCAGUGACGUCUAGCAGCUUCUCUUACGUUGAAUUUGAUUGUUUUGAUAAGCCGGUGUUCUGUUUCAGAAGAGGAAAAGAAACGGUGACUGGUAAAUUUCAAUAUAAACUCCUCUUCAUUUUGUUGCAAUAGGUUUAUUUAAUAAAUUCUGGAUCGGAGAAUGCAAGAAAAGCUCGGAACUGGUUCGUUAAUGGUCACAUCCUCCAUUCGCCUUAUUUGCUGUUAAUGCCCGACUCGUCUUCUCCUUCUCCAAAAAUGGGCUUUCCACAACAUCACAGUAGCAGUGAUGCCGUCUCUCAGAGAGUUAACAGCCCAAGAUUCUCGGGACCCAUGACGAGAAGGGCUCACUCCUUUAAGCGUAACAACAGCAACAAUAACAAUCCUAAAACCUAUCACGAGAUUGAUCUCCAGCUCAACUCUCCGAGAUCUGAAAACCCCGGCACCCCCAGUCCCGUUUUGCUUGAUGGGUUGGACUCACUUUCUGAAAGGAAGCAAGCCCUUCAUCAGUUUCAGCGGCUUCAUCUGUUAAAGAAGCCUGUUGGAUCUAUUGUCGUGAAUUUUGGGUUACGAGAGAAGAAGAAAUUGGGGCAUUGGAUGUUCUUGUUAUUCUGCAGUCUUUGCUUGUUCUUGGGCGUCUUAAAGAUUUGUGCAACUGGGUGGUUUGGAUCUGCAAUUGAAAGAGCAGGGGUGUACCAGGAUCUAUCUGACAUUUCCAUUGCUAAUCAAGUGUUUCAAAGCUUUCAUGAACAUGAACAUAUGGAGAGUGGAAGUGAUGCUGAACGAACCCUAAAGAUGGUGGCAUCAGGUGUAGUCAAUAGUGAGAACAGCGUGGUUGAACAUUUAGAUAUCUGGUCCAAGCCAAACAGCGAGAAUUUCACCCAGUGCAUUAACCAGCCAGCAAGCCAAAAAAAGUUGGAUGCAAAGACAAAUGGAUAUAUCCUUGUAAACGCAAAUGGUGGCUUGAAUCAGAUGAGAUUUGGGAUCUGUGAUAUGGUUGCAAUUGCUAAGAUCAUGAAGGCAACACUUGUCCUUCCUUCGCUUGAUCAUACCUCCUACUGGGCUGAUCAGAGUGGCUUCAAGGAUUUGUUUGAUUGGAGGCACUUCAUUGAGACACUGAAGAAUGAUAUCCACAUUGUUGAGACACUACCACCUGCCUAUGCUGAAAUUGAACCUUUCAUAAAGACACCCAUAUCCUGGUCAAAGGUUAGUUAUUACAAAACUGAGGUCCUCCCUCUACUGAAGCAGCACAAAGUUCUUUACUUUACUCACUCUGAUUCCCGACUUGCCAACAAUGGACUCCCAAAUUCUUUACAAAAGCUGAGGUGUCGUGUGAACUAUAGGGCAUUGAAGUAUUCGGCCCCAAUUGAAGAACUAGGAAACACCUUGGUUUCAAGGUUGCGGCAGAAUGGGGGCCCUUAUAUUGCACUGCACUUGAGGUAUGAGAAGGAUAUGCUAGCCUUUACAGGCUGCAGUCAUAACCUAACAGUGGAGGAAGACAAUGAGCUCCAGAGGAUGCGUUAUGAAGUCAGCCAUUGGAAGGAAAAGGAGAUUGAUGGGUCUGAGAGAAGGAAGCUUGGGGGCUGUCCACUGACCCCAAGGGAGACUUCACUUCUGCUGAAAGGUUUGGGUUUCCCACCUAGCACCACAAUUUACCUGGUGGCUGGUGAAGCUUAUGGGAAUGGAAGCAUGCAAUAUCUUGAGGAUGACUUUCCCAACAUAUACACCCAUUCCACUCUUUCAGUGGGAGAAGAGCUGAAUCCUUUCAAGAACCAUCAGAACAUGCUUGCAGGAUUGGACUAUGUUGUUGCCCUUCAGAGUGAUGUUUUUGUCUAUACAUAUGAUGGUAAUAUGGCAAAGGCUGUGCAAGGUCAUAGGCGCUUUGAAGGCUUCAAGAAAACCACCAGUCCUGAUAGGCUGAACUUUGUACAGCUUGUUGAUGAAUUAGAUGAAGGGAAGAUAUCUUGGAAGAAAUUCAGUUCGAAAGUGAAGAAGCUUCAUAAAGACCGAGUUGGAGCACCUUAUCUAAGGGAACCUGGAGAAUUUCCAAAGCUGGAGGAGAGUUUCUAUGCAAACCCUCUUCCAGGGUGUAUAUGUGAAAACAUCAAACGAUGAUUGAUAAAUUGUGGACUCACAGGUUUUACUACUUUCUUUCAAGGUGUAAAGCUACCUACAACCCAAGGGAAGUGAAAACUUCUUGGCAUUAGAUACAGAUCCAUCAUCCUCAAUGUUGAUGAGCUCAAAAGUUCCAUCUUCAAAUAGACAUCAAUCCAUUUGAUUUAAAUGCCCCAGUUAUAAGGAAUCCACCGCUUGGAGGCUGUGGAACUGAUACAGGGUGGUUGUUAUGACUUAAGAGACAAUUUUGUUUAAGAGGUAGAUGAGAGAAGGUCUGGCCCUAUCUUUCUGAAGGAUGAAGGGAAGAAUGUAAUCAAGUCAAAGCACUGGAACAUUGUGAUUCUCUUCUUCACAGAAUUUCACAUCAGAAAGCAACAUGGAGGUUGGGUUCUUUCUGGUCUUCUAUAUCAUGUAAUUCUAUGUACGUUUUUAGGUAAAUAUGCAUGAAAUUUGGUUAAUUGAUGGGGGAUAAAAAGUGACACAAACUGACUGGGUUGUAUAUCAUUCUAUUACAACACGGGUAUAUUUAAGGAGAUCAUGUGAUUAAUCAGAUGAAAUUUGUUUGGAAUUUGUCUUUUCUUGUUAUUGCAAACCACUUCAAGGUUUUGUUUUCA